GAACAUUUCAUCAUGGACUGGCAGAGUAGCGCCGUCGUUGUAGAAAUCCAUUUUAAAGGGGCCGCAUAUGCAAAAAAGGAGCUGAAGAUAUUCCUAUCAAGUCGAAUAAAAACUAUGAAAGAUAACAAGAUUCUUGUGAUAUCAGACGUGACGAUACACAGAUUUAAGGGAGCAGCAAUCACUUUCAAUGCUAAUCAAGACACAGCGAUUAUUAAAAAUUCGGUUAUCACUGAUUCAAGUGCAAACUGUAUAUCUGUUUCGGGCAAAACAUAUGUAUUGAAGGUUGUAAAUAAUACAUUUCAACGUAAUGGGAAUUACUCGUUAAAAACGUCCAUGCUUGUAUUAUCCGCCAAGCAUUACUCCCUAUUUAUCGUGGAAAGAAACAUUUUUCGAAGCAACAACUAUGCAAAAAUUAUCACAACCGUUGUCAGUAUUCAAACUGUAAGAUAUGUGUCACAAAUCGACAAUAACGAUUUCCUUUAUAACUCCUGUGAGAAUCUGGUGGACAUUGAAUAUGGAGGAUAUUCUUGCCCAGUUAAAGACUUUACGAUAGUUUCUAUUUUCUCAAAAAACCGUUGGAUUAACAAUCACAUGCGAAGUGCCUCAGCUGUGGCAUUAAAGAGCAACAAUUAUUGGCUGUGUUUUCCCUACAAAUUAGACGUUGCGAUAAAGGAAAACGAAUUUCUGAAUAACAGAGGUAAAAGUAUUAUCGAAAUCCAUUCGAGAUGGCUGACAACACUCGCGUUAAACUCGAACCAUUUUCAAGGGAACGUUUUAGAAAAAAAUGCUGUCACACUGUCACUGGAGUACUAUGCAUAUGGCAACAAACUAUCUUUAUUACACAACAAAGUUUUCGAUAAUGUAGCAGAACUUUUGUUUGAUAUACUGUCCAAAGACUUGGUAUUCGUCGAUAUUCGAGGUAAUACCAUAAUGCGAAAUGAAGUGGAGAGAAGCAUUCUUAAUCUUGCCGAUCUUUCGAGCUAUUUCAAAUUCACGAGAAAUAUCCUGAUUGCCAACGUCCUUCAUCGACGUGCUGUAUUGCCGUAUUAUGAUAUCAACUAUUCUGCUGCUCUAAUCUGCUCAGGCAGACUCAUCUCUGCGAAUGAAAAUUUCUUCGAAAAUCCGCAAUUUCCUUUCGAAAUUAUACUUACGCCAAUUGACAAUACAUACGAAAUUGACGGUAGAUACAAUUGGUGGGGAACUAAUAACGGGAGCGAAGUCAUUGCGAGGAUUUUUGAUUUCCGUCAUCGAAAUUAUUUGCCUCGAUUAAACUUUUCUCCCUUCCUCGCAAGUGCUAACCUUUCUGACGUUAUUAAUGAGGAGAUACGUAACAUAUUUAGGAAUGAUAGUGUACUAGGCGGUCUCUUAACUGAAAACAUCGUCCUGAAUAGAGACCAAUCUCCUUAUACUGUGACAAGAGAUGUUAUCAUUCACCCAAAUGCCUCACUGACGAUUGAAAAAGGUGUUCAGGUCAACGUGCGCCCGUAUCUUGGAUUUAUUGUAUACGGCAAGCUUGACAUACUUGGAGAGAGGAGUAAUCCAAUAAAAUUCGAUAUUGCAACGAAAUUGAAAGAGGUUUCCAACUUUGGACACUAUUCAAUUCGUCUUGUAAAUGGUUCAAAACCUUGGGAGGGAAUAGUUGAAAUACUUUAUAACAACACCUGGGGAGCGAUAUGUGACGAUGGUAGUUCAUAUUCAAAUCGAAUUGUCUUGUGUAAGCAGCUGGGAUUUAAGGGUUACACUCGUACUUAUCGUUAUCCCAUCUCUAACAAUACAGGGCUAGUAUGGUGGAAAAACCUAAAAUGCAACCAUAGAACCCAUGAUGACAUCAGCAGUUGUCCUUUCCAAGGUUGGGGAGUAUCGUGCAACAAUCGUCUUUUAUGGGCCGUUCAGUGUCAUCCAGGUUAUUGGCGGGGAAUUAGAUUUCGCGAAACUGCUAAACCAAGUAAAAUCACGCACGUAAAGUUUGAACGUGGUGGCGAUCUUGUUCACAAGUAUUUAAGCUCCUAUAUGUUGAAUUUUGACGUGUUAAGGCAAGUUAUCAGGAAUAUCGAAAUUCACGACUCUGUUAAAGGUGGUAUUAGAAUCGCUUUUCAGGUUCCUGGUUUGGAUAUGAGAAAUAUAUUAAUAGACGAACAAUAUGGACGAAAACAUAAUAGCUUUGGAAUUGAAACAUCGUCGUCAUUAAUAUGUUACAAUUGUAGCGUGAUCGCAAAGGAGUGGGGCAUUUACUUUAGAGAAACUGGAAUGGAAUCAUUUAUAGAUGAUGUAGGUGUUAAACGGAUCGAUUCCCUAGUUGUGCCCGACAUUUUGCUAAGGAGGAAAUAUUCACUGUGCGAGCAAAAUAAAAGCAUAAUCGUCAGCAAGGAUGACAUGAAGAUCAUUUUGGGACCGAAAACCCUUUCCGAAGCGAGUUUUGAAUGUUCUCUUAAUUUAACGCUUUUGUCUCAAGCAACCAUGGUUGCAGAAAUAAUACUAUCAUCGAAUGAAACAUUCACCAUCACCGCGACCAGUUCAAGCACAUCAAGCAACAUACACAUCGCAGCUAGCCAAAACGAUACUUACAGCUUAGGACCAGGUAACAUCACUUUACGUUAUUGGCGGAAAGCACAUUCACAUGGAGCAAGAAUCAGACUCGUUAUCUUCAGUACAAAAGGCGAGGGGGAGUGUGCGAUGAAAAAGGUUGUUGGUGAAGCGGUCCUCUCGGACGGUUCAGUGAUAAAUAAUAAUUAUGGAAUACGGCUAGAUCGCAACAGUAUUGUAGAAUUUCUCAAGAUACAAAAUGUCACGUUGAAAAUUUUCUACUACGGAAUUUAUUUAUACUAUUCAUCUUCAAAUGUUUCUAUAAACAAUUGUGUAAUAAGCGAUGGAAGCUACGUUAUAAACUCACAUUAUUCUUCUCAGGGAGUGUUCCUUAAAGAUUCAGAACUAUCGGAUUGUAGUCACGUUGUAAAUCUUGUCCACGAAACUGACCUGAAGUUUGUAGAAAUGGAAAACUGUGUUGUUCGCAGAAUGAGUGCCUAUGUUAUAACUAGCUACUAUAAGAACCUACAACAAACCCAGGUGAUCAUUUUACGUCGUUGCAUAUUUAUUGAAAAUCAAAGAAUACUCUAUACCUUCCGUGCACUAUACAGCCACAUAGAGGUUACUGAAUGCAACAUUUCGGGAACAAAGUUUUAUGGAUUUGAGAUUGAUUCAUAUCAACCGGAAAAUGAUUUUGCACUUGCAAUCAACAACAACACAUUUUCUGAAAAUUUGCACUAUCUAUUUCUUAUACGGAAGCAUAAUGUCGACACGUCACGAUCAUCGAUCUUGUUUAAAAACAACGUUUUUGUAAACAAUUCUAUGCCAUCAGGCCAUGGAAUAAUCUACUUGUUUGGGAAAGGAAUACGUACUGCAAUGACUCAUAUCAAGCAAAACACCUUUUUGGAAAACGAGUGCUCAUUCAUAAUAAAUGUUGAUGCAAAGUCAAAUUGGAUGCCUCAAACUUUCUCUGUUAGAGGCAACAUUAUAGAACACAAUAAGGGCGUGCCUUUGGUUACGCCGACGUACACCAUCCCUGCUGUGUAUUCAUACUCCAUUGGACUUUUUGGAUGCGCUUUUUCUAAUUAUGACGUUCGGGCUAACGUUUUCAACAACAAACUAAUGGGAAAAGAAUUGUUUAUUGGGCGUACCUGCGGCUCAAACUAUAUACCAGAAAAUGAUUAUAUCGACGGGACGUUCAAUUACUGGGGCACAUCGUCGGCCGAAGAAUUGUGGGAAAAGAUAUUUCACUUCGAUAAUUGGAAUGACAGACCAAAAGUCCUGUACCUUCCAGCCUCUGCUACGCGAAACUUCACAAGCACUAUAACGUCCAAACCAUAUGCAAAUCAAUCUCAGAUUGGUGGAUACAUUAACACUUCCUUGCUUUUGACUACAAUAAAUAGUCCGUACGUCGUCACGAGUGACCUGACGAUAUCAAAAAACACGACACUGUACAUUGAACCAGGGGUUCAGUUAUAUUUCAAGCCCAAUAUUGGUCUUCUCAUCUUAGGUAAUAUCGUUGCUAACGGAACAACGAACGAAAAAAUAAAGUUUUGCUCUUCAGAGAAUAGAUGUAAAAAUAGACAACGGAAGGUUCGGCUUGUUAGCGAAGACCGCGAAUACGCAGGAAAGCUUGAGAUAUUUGUUGAUGCCAUUUGGCAGGCUGUGUGUCCUGACUAUUUUACUUCGAAGGAUGGGAUAGUAGCCUGCAGGCAGUUAGGGUAUGGUAGAUAUAUCAAUCAUCAAAGAAGAUACUAUGGUGUUUACACUAGUCCUCGGUACAGAGUUUCCUUGAAAUGUCGUGGUAAUGAAACCUCCUUCUCUAACUGCAAACACCAAAUAAUUGGUCAGUGUAGCAGUUACUACAUGCUAUUUAUGCAAUGUGAAAGCAAUUUUAAGUGGGGCAGCAUACGAAUUAUCCAUCCAAACGUUGUAAAUUCAACCGGUCAUAAAGACAAAGAACAGAAAGAGCUGUCCUCACUGAAAAAUAUUUUCAUUCACGAUGCGGGGAUUCUACACGACUAUUCGGUGCCUUCGAUUCAAGUUAUAGCACGAUCGCCGUUUCUAGCACACAUUAACAUCAGUGGAAGCAACGGGAUUGAAAUCAUUGGGCAAAAAGAUACGAUGGAAAUCCAACAUGUCACAGUAGAAAGCAGUUCGAAUUAUCCAGCAAUAUCCAUGCUAGGCAAUCAAGGAUCAGUUUCCAUCUCUGAGGUUUCAAUAAAAGGAAGAAAACAACAUGGAAUUGCUAUUGCCCCAUUAAAAAAUAUGACCUUAUUACAGCCAUUUUUAGGACAGCAUGAUUUAUGUGGUCCUGUUCAAAAGGUCUAUGUGCACGAUCGUUCAUAUGCUUUCCUAAAUCAACGAAACAAAAUGAAAGCAAUAGUUUGUAGGAUGGCAUUCGAAUCCUCUGUCUCUGAUAAUAGAAAAAUUCAUUUUCGUCUGCUGUCUUGGACGAAGAGUUCGUACUCUGUAACGAUUUAUAACAGUGAUCGUUCUACGAAGUUCGCAAGCAUACACAGUGGAAACACUAAUCUAUAUCUGGAUAAAUAUAUUGUAAUUCCAACAGAUUCAUUUGUUAUUGAAGCGGACAUAUCGACGUUAAACAGAUUCAUGGCAGAAAUUACCGUUACUGGCAAAACAGGUAAAGGAAGCAGCAACGUUAUUGUUGGUGAAAGCAGUUUUCAAGAAACAUCUGGUGCAGCUCUUCAUUAUACAUCAGAUCAUGCAUUACCGAUCCGAUUAAAGAUCAGACGUAGUCAUGUUGCUUUGGUGGGAAACGACGGAAAACCGAUUAAGCCGCCAUCAAUUGAAAUGGUGGUUAGCAACAAUGAUUCAAUUGAAAUCUCAAACAACGUUUUUACCGCUAGCAAUCGGGGAGGUAUUCACAUUUACCUUUUUGGAAAAAAAGGAAUGGUGAAUAUAGUGAAUAACAUCAUUUCCGGAAUCAAGAAGGGAAGUGAAGCUAUUCACGUGGCCGUCGUUGGCGGCGAUGCACAGAGUAAACUUUUCAUGGCGGGAAACUUUUUAAAUGUCAACGACAUUAUUUACCCACAUGACUUAGUUAAUAUAAAGAAUGUAGAUGAAGCUACCAUUACGGACAACGUAUGUUAUGACAACGCCGCAAGAAAUACCCUGAAUUUGGUUGCGUCAAGUAAAACGAACAAUAUGUCCUUCAUCACAAGAAAUGUUUUUUUCUUAAAUAAGGGACGUUCGCAUACAAUGCAGAUUCAAUCAUACGGUCGUGAAGUUAUCAAGCAAAAUUACUUUUCAAACCCAAGCAAUCAGUUCGAACUUAGAACCUUAUCAAGCGGUUUCAGUGACACCAUUGUAAAUGCAUCAUAUAACUGGUGGGGUAAUGCGAAUCGAGCCGUAAUCAUGAGAAAGAUUAUGGAUAGGAGAAUGUCAACGCAGCUGCCGCACGUAAUUUAUCAGCCUUUCCUCCAGUCACCGACGCCAAUUUUCGCAACAGGCUUAUGUUCAUUUGGUUGGAUUUUCCUAAACGCCAAAUGCUAUUACAAUUUGAGAAGUGCCCAAAAUUUUCAGAAAUCCAAGGAAAUGUGCAAGAAAAUUGGAGGAAGCAUGUUUUCCUCUCAAGACUUUCUGGUGGCCUCAAUGGUUUUAAAAAAAUUGCAUCAUAAGCUUGCGUACGGAACCAAAAUAAGCAUUUGGAUUGACGUCGUUACAAAGCAAGGUCGUGGUUGUUGGGUGUUCGACGGGGCAAUGAGAGAAACGUCGUGCGAUUUAGCAAGACCUACGAUCUGUGAAAGGAAACCAAGUGGUCUCUGUACUAACGACUGUUCCUCUAAUGGAAUCUGUCUGGGACAGACGUGCAAGUGCAAUAGUGGAUGGGAAGGUGCCGAUUGUUCAUCAUAUCAUUGUAAAGAUCUUGGUAAUUGCAGCUCUUAUGGCAAUUGUGUUGGACCAAACCAUUGCAAGUGUCGCUUAGGAUGGAUGGGUCGUGGUUGUACAGUCAGUUACUGCCCACCUUUCAAAACUUGUCGUAGUUGUCAUUCACGGAAGGGAUGUGGGUGUUGACGCACAAGAACAUGUUUACCUGGC